AUGGAAGCGGUCGCUCAAAUUGAGGAAGCGGACGCUAUAAUUGAUCAAAGGAUCGCCGAACUGAAUGGGAGAAAAAGAAAUUUUGCUUCUGAGGUCACUUUUGCCCUGCCUUCUGAAGCUGAGAAAACCACAUCUGAGGAUGAUUAUCUGGCUGAUUGGUUCAAUUUUCUUGACCAGCUAAUAGACGAAGAUAUAGGAUCAAAGACUUUAAAUGCCCUUUCAACUAGGCCAGCUGACAGUAAUGAUUUCAAUGAAUACCGUCCAGAUACUGAUAAUGAUGGUAGAGAAGAUCGCGGAGCGAGUAAUCACGAAAAUUGGGAUUUACAUGGGAUCUAUGACUUUGAUCCAGAUAGAGAAGAUUUGAUGCCUUUACAUACCGAGCUUCUGAAUGAUGAUGAAUCUCAAACAAGCAUUGGGAAUUUACCUGCACCAAUUUCCUCUUCGAUGAUGAAUAAUGAGCCGGCCAUUUCUGAAAAUGACCCACCGGGGACUAUCUCUUCAAAUAAUGAGACGACUAUGGAUCAUGAAGUACCAAGUACAGAGAGUGGAUAUGAGUCAAGUCCUUCAACAUCUUCGUCAUCCAACGUCUGUAAUGGUAUUGGGGAUAUUGAAAUCUCACCUUUCCCAGAAGUCAUGGAAACAGAAGAUGGGGAGCAGGAAUCCAGCACUCCGGCUCGACCUCCCAGGACAAGAGACUUCAACAGUCAGCAAGACCCAACCGUAGCAGACUUGUCACAACAAGUAGAAAAUUCUCUUCAUGUACCCGACGACUUGGAACUUGAUUCUUACGAUAAAAUCUUCUCAGGACCGUUACCGAUCCCUAAGAAUCGAACUGUUGGAUCAAACUCUUCCGACCACGGCAAUGACUUCCAACAUCAAUCAUGGUCAAGCACGACUGAGGCAAUCCCAUCAAUGAUAGAUAGUGAAUAUCAGUCGAGUCCUUCCACAUUCUCGCCAUCCAAUGUGGUUUUCCCAGAAGUUAUGAGAAUGGAAUAUCAGGUGCCAACAUCCAGCCAAUAUCCGUUUUACGCUCCUGCUCACCCGUCCAGGGGUAAUGACUCGAAAAUAUUUGAUCGUCAGCAUCCAAAACAAUACUGUGAUCUGGAUAAAACAACAUCAGGCUUAUUGCAUCAAGUCACUACCGAAGAUUAUUUUUCUGGAACUGGAAUUAGUGAACCAUGGUCAUCCUACUAUGGUAUUAGUUUAAAACACCAAUCACGGCCAAGCCUGACUGAGGAAAACCCACGUCACUCUGCUAAGCGAAAACGUUGGGCACCAUACUCCAACAAUCAACGUCCUCUCCUGGAAAGAAAAAUCAGAUCGGAUGGAAAAGAGUUAUCUCUCAAGGAUCAACAAAAACGGCUUUCCCGUCCAGUCGACGUGUUCCAGAGCAUCUCAGCUUCUAUGCAAACUCCAAUGACCCAGGACUUUGAACAAGGGAGCUGCAAUUCGAAUGCUACCACAUUCGAAUCGAACGCUGAUUCUGAAAGCCAGUACAAUGUCGAUUCACCUCCCAUCCAACAGUCCGGUGCACAGAAAUACCCUCCUGAUUUCUUUGAUUUGGGAUCACUCCAUAAGUAUGUUAAAAAGAAUCAGGAGUAUUUGAAACAACUUGGUGGAGGUGAUACGACAGAAGAAAAACGAAUUAGACAAAGGACCAACGUUGAAGAUAAAAAUCGUCGAGAAAUGAUGGAUAGGAAUUGCGACUACUCUAAGAAAUGCGCACAAAACAAAAAAGAUGCAAUGAAUGCGAGAGUUUUAGAAUUUAUUGAGAUGGUUGAAGAAGUUAAAGGAAUCGAAUCAGAUGAACGCCUAGCUGUGUUUGCUUUAGAAUUGGAUAAUUACAUGGAAAGAGGAGUUGACAAUAGUCCCAUCGAGGCAUAUCAAGCACAAAAGCGUCAAUUGCUUUCCACUAGUGUCGAUUUAGAAACUGAACGAAAGGUUCAGGAAACUUGGGAGUUACUAAACAAAAAGAGAAACGACUUUGAAGAGAAGUCACAAAAAUAUGCGGAUACAGCGAAAACAGCUAAAAACUAUGGAGAAGAAGAGAAGAAGAAAGCAACAAAUUCAGCUGGAUCGGCCAAGUCACGAGCAAAAGAAAAAAUGGAGUAUGCGGAGUUAGAAUACGAUAUCGCCUGUCUGGACCUUAUCAUCUCAAAAACUCCACACCUUUCCAAUUUGGCUCUCGAAUUCGCCAGAUGGUGCGCCAACAAGAUUGCUCCUCAAGUAAGCUGGGAUGCUAAAAAAAUCAUGGAAUGGGUCCACCGAAACGGGAGAACAAAGGAAUGGGAAGAACUAAAAUCAUUCAAUCAAUUUGAAUAA